UCUACUACUUCACACGGAAUGAAACUUGAUGAAGCCACAACAUCUCUGUACGACGUGUCGUUUCUCCCUCAGUCCUUUUCCUUUACAACUCUUGACGGCACGACCAUUAGCUCAUUCUUCCUUCCCCAUUGGCCAUUCAAAUUGAGAGAAAAACCCGAUGGGUGUAAGCAACAAGAUCACAGCAAUUGUGAAUUUCUUGGCUCUCCUCUGCUCCAUUCCUAUAAUCGGCGCUGGAAUUUGGCUGGCUUCCAAGCCCGACAACGGAUGCAUCCAUUUUUUCCGGUGGCCGGUGGUUCUCCUUGGCGUUUUAAUCCUCCUCGUCUCCUUAGCCGGAUUCAUUGGUGCCUACUGGAACAGACAAGGGUUAUUAGCCUUUUACCUCUUCUGUAUGGCUCUUCUAAUCGGCCUCUUGCUCGUCCUUCUCGUCUUCACCUUCGUCGUCACUCGCCCCAACGGCAGCUACUCCGUCAUGGGCCGCGGAUUCAAAGAGUACCGGCUCGACGGAUUCUCGUCCUGGCUCAGGAAUCAUCUCACUAAUUCUCGAAAUUGGCCAAAGAUAAGAACGUGCUUGGCUGAAUCUAAUACUUGUCCUAAGCUUAACCAGCUGUACGUCGCCGCCGAUCAGUUCUUCGCGGCGGACAUCUCGCCGCUUCAGUCAGGAUGCUGUAAACCUCCAACGGCUUGUGGUUAUAACUUCGUGAACCCAACACUGUGGCUGAACCCUGGUAAUCCUAUGGCUGACCCUGACUGCUAUGUUUGGAGCAAUGACCAGACCCAGCUGUGCUACAAUUGCAACUCUUGCAAGGCUGGUCUCUUGGGGAAUCUCAGGAUGGAAUGGAGGAAAGCCAAUGUGGUUCUUAUUGUCACUGUGGUUGUCCUGAUUUGGGUCUAUGUAAUCGGCUGCAGCGCCUUCAAGAACGCUCAGACCGAGGACCUCUUUCGUCGAUACAAACAGGGUUGGAUCUAAUCUUGUUUGUUUGUAUGAAUCAGACGUCUUCGCCUUUGUAUAUUCCUUUGUUCUUUUCAUAUCUAGAAAUCCUGAGUUUGUAGAGUUGGAAGACAGUAGAACAAAGUUCUCGAAUCAGUUCUUUAAAUGUUUAUUAGUUUACUUUGCUUUGGAUA